CUGCCACUAUCUAUAUUAACAGCUCGUGUCACUCCACGCUGACAAUAUUCCCAGUUUGCCAUGGAACUCCUCUCUCUACAGUCCUUCCUCCUCUUCCUCUUCCCCUCUAUCUACCUUUACUUCCACUUCUUCGCUUCGCCGAAGAAAUACAAACACACCGGCUUCAAAUACUACCCGAUUAUCGGAACCCUACCGGAAUUCCUAAAAAACCGCCACCGGUUUCUCGAAUGGACAACCGAAAUCCUCAUCAACUGCCCCACCAGCACCGCCAUCUUCAGCCGCCCAGUCAAAAUCCGUGGCAUCAUCACCGCCAACCCUGCCAACGUCGAGCACAUGCUGAAAACCAACUUCAAAAACUACCCGAAAGGCGAAAGGGUCAUAUCCCUCCUUCAAGGCUUUCUCGGCGGCGGAAUCUUCAACUCCGACGGCGAGCUCUGGAUGGUCCAGAGGAAGACCGCCAGCUACGCCUUCAGCACGAAAUCGCUCCGGAACUUCGUGAUGGAAAACGUUAGGUUUGAGAUUGGGUUGAGGCUAAUCCCGUGUUUGGACACAGCCGCUGAAACGGGACGUGGUUUGGACUUGCAAGACGUUUUGGAGCGCUUUGCGUUCGACAACGUUUGCAAGUUGGCUUUUAACGUCGACCCGAAUUGUCUCGCAAUCGGCGGAAAAUCUGAGUCCGCCGAUAUCGAUUCCAAUUCAGAUCAGUUCAUGCAGGCAUUUGAAGAAGCAGCCACGCUUAGUUCUGGGAGAUUUUUGUAUGCGCUUCGGAUUAUGCAACAGAUUAAGAGCUUUUUGAACGUUGGAUCAGAGAGGAGGCUAAAAGAUUCAAUAUCGACCGUCCAUAAUUUCGCGGAUAACAUAAUAAAGUCAAGAAUUAGCGACGAACGGUCGGAGGAUCGUCCCGAUUUGUUGUCCCUGUUUAUCGGUAUUCCCGAAAACAACAGCUCGCCCGAGUUUCUCCGCGAUAUCGUGAUAAGCAUCAUUCUGGCGGGCCGAGACACGACAUCAUCGGCUCUGACAUGGUUUUUCUGGCUCCUGUCGUCCAGACCUCACGUGGAGCGCGCCAUUUUAAAGGAGCUCGAAACGAUUCGGGUCCGAAACGGGAAACGUAUCGGCGAUAUUUACGAUUUGGACGAGCUCCGAGACAUGCACUAUUUGCACGCGGCGAUUUCUGAGGCGAUGCGGCUGUACCCUCCAGUACCGGUCGACACGAAGGCUUGUCUAAACGACGACGUCCUGCCGGACGGUACGUUCGUGGGGAAGGGAUGGUUCGUGACGUACCAUGCCUACGCAAUGGGGAGGAUGGAGAAGAUAUGGGGGAAGAACUGCCGUGAGUAUCUGCCGGAGCGGUGGCUGACGGAGGACGGCACGUGUCGGCAGGAGAAUGUUUUUCGGUAUCCGAUAUUUCAUGCCGGGCCAAGGAUGUGUCUCGGGAAGGAUUUGGCGUACAUUCAGAUGAAGUCGAUUGCUGCGUCCGUGAUGGAGGGGUUUGAGAUCGACGUUCAGGAUAGGGACACGUGUCCUGAGCACCUGUUGUCAUUGACUCUCAGGAUGAAAGGUGGACUGCCAGUGAGUGUGAGGAGGAGGAGAUGUGUUGCUGAUGAUCGUUGAUUAUGUGAUGUUUUAUUGGACAAAAUUAAUAAGAUCUUAAUUGCAUUUGUGUAAUUGAAAGUUUCACUGUGUUUCUAUUUUGUUGUCAAAAUUGAAAGUUUCACUGUGAUUACUACAUAAUAUGUAACCUAUUCAUCUACGUGAAGAGUCUUUUCGGUUUUCGAAAAAGUAAA